UCCAUCCCGUCACGUGCGUGUACGCCCGUGGCUGGGUAUGCGUUCACCCAUGUAUACGGAUAUAUCACAGCAUGCCAUACAUGAGCUAUCGUAGUGUGAAGCGAUGGUAGUGUGUGGUGUUGGUAGUAGUAGUGAAGGUACGUACGUGAAGCAGUAUUGGAGAGCAGACUGGAGACUGAUCAAACUCGUCGUUAGUUCGUCCUCCCGCAGCGGAACGAUAGCGCAGAUUCUUCCAAUCGCUCCGGAACGUAACAUCGCAGCGACGUGAAGGUGUUAUCCCGAUUUCGGUAGCGUAGAACGAUUUCCGGUUCAAGUGCCUAUCCCGUGUGUAUGUGCGUGCGUGUUUGUACCGUGUGGAUUCCGUUCAAAACUACUCGCUAAUCGUGUGGAUGAUCCUGCGAGAUUAAUUCAAUAAAACUAGCGGAUAAACUAGAGGAUCGUGCAGAGUAAACGAUGCGGUAUCCUGACCGGGGACACGUUGUCAAUCAUUCGGCCACUCGGUGAAGAGCAAGUUAGUGUUAUCCAAACAGCCACCUUUACUGUUCUUCCUCUUUGCGGAAUUGUGCAAGACAUUUCUGUGGUUCUCCGUGUCCAGCGCUUUUCUGCUAUGCUGUGCGUGCCAAGUGCUCACUGUGUGUCAUUAAUCGGCUGAAUCCGGUGCGGUGUGCUUUCAGCAGUGUUUGCCGUAUGUACUGGAAGGGCAGAAAAGUGUACUGUGUGUUGUGUGGUGGUGCUGCUACAGCUGACAAGUCCCAAGUUGUGUGGUGCCAGGAGGGGAGGUGACUUCAUUACUCAUCGACCGGAGCAAGAGCUUUUGAAAAAUUCGGCAAAGAAGAAAAAAAAAACAAUUCAAGUGUGAAAAGUAAAGGGAAAGCGUGCGAACGAAGAAAGGCAACAUCCUGCGAACGUUCUGUGCCGUUACAACCCGGGAGAGGCUGUGUAUUCGCCGCAUCGACGAGAGAUCGGGGCGAUAAAAGGCGAGCAAAAAGACACGAACUAUGAAUACUUAAUCUCCCUUGCGCCUGGCAGCAGACUCUUACUACAAACCUUCCGAAUGUGUAACGGACAAUCGCCACAGCAGCAGCCGCAGCAGUAGCCGAAGAAUAGAAGGUUUCCCCGUCGAACAAAACAGCAGGGAGUGCGUGCGUGCGUGCGUGCCAGAUUGUUUGCCUGGCGCUGCUGUGUGGUGUUUCUUGCGCGAAAAAGAAACAAACAAUUGACGUGUUUGUUGUGCGUACGUGUGUGUGUGUGUGUUUGUGUAUUUCUUAUACGAAAAAAUCGUUCGCAAAAAGGUGGACGGACAACAUCCGACCACUGACCAGCACUACCUUUUUGUGUCUCGGCAGUAGCGUUUUGUUCGGAUCAAGUGCGCACUCUAGCCAGCGAAGCAAUCGCGCUUGCUGCCAAUGAACGUUUAUUUAUUUAUUUAUUAUUUAUUUUGUUUUGAACAUUCCCGUGUGAGCAAUUCGAUCAGUGUGAAUCACCCACUGGAGGCAAAAAAUCGCUUCGACGACUUCUUGCAUCAAAUCGAGCGAAGGGGCAGUGUCGCUGGUAGAAGAUUCCCUUGGUUUGUCAAUAUCAUCUGGUGUUGUACCAUCGUACACUAGUAGAAGUGCCGGAAAAGGCAAAAGAAGGAAAGCCAAGUAGAAGCACGCGAAAAAGGAACGGAGCCAGAUCUGAACGACUUCCAAUCUUGCUGUGACACAAACACACACCCACACCGGAUAACAGUGUACUCCCCAUACACCAUACGGCAGAGUAUACGGGACAGAAACGGACGACGACCGUUGACAACUGACUACUACUACUACUACACACGCGGAUUUGCUUCUUUGCAAUCCCGCAUGGUUGCUCCCUGUGCGAACGUGUGUUGGUGAAGCAGCAGCAUCUAACGACCGUACAACACUCACGCACACACCACUACGCGGUAAUUUUCAAGUGUGCGUGUGUGUGUUCACCCAACAUCAUCGAACAGAUUUGUGCUGUAAAGUAACGCAAAAAAAAAAACUCCAAUCUGCAACAUUCGGUGACGACGGCAUUGGCCACGCAAACGUGUUCCCUACUCUUGAGUGAGUAAAAAGUCAAGCGUCACGCGUUUGAAGGGAACGAAAAGUACACGGAAGACGGCCAUACGCGCGAUACACACACACACACACGAACAAAGACUGCCCCCGAAACGGCAGGACGAUUCGGAAUUCUCUCCCGAGAGUGAAACCAACCGACGAAGGGAUGCCUUCCCUGCAACAGACUACAUUCAAGGACUUUCCCAGCCCGGACAUUGCCAGAUCGCUGACGGGGCCAGAUAUCCUGCAGAAGCAUUCCAUCAACUCGCUGCUGCUGGAGCACAAUGAGAUCAUCUCCCGGGGACUUCCGUCACCGAUCGACGAUAACAUGUCCUUAGCCGAUCUGCUGGGCGGUUCGCAGGCAUCAUCCCCCACCUCGGCAACGUCGUCGGUGGGCAAAGGUGGAGAUGGAAGUCUUAGCAGCAGCACCGGCCUAGCGCACCACCACCAUCACCAGCUACAACAUAAUCAGCAGCAUCUGCCGCAGCAGCAAGGUCAACAGAAUCACCAGCAUCAUCACCAUCAGCAUCAUCAUACCACGCUCGGGUCAUUCGCGUCGUCGCUUGGCUCGUCCUUAGCGGGCAGCAGCGUGGCAAGACCGACGACAGUUUGCGACGACAGUGGCAGCAGCAUCCUAAGCUGCUCCGGCGGCGGGAAUAGCUCGGCAAGCGGAGGAUCCGUUUCGUCGAAUCCAUUCAACUUCUCCAGCCUGCGAAUUCCGAGCCCAUCGCUUAACUCGCCCGACCUGCUGAUGGGCGGCGGUGUAUUGAUAGGCGGUGGCAUUGCCGGUAGCAGCAGCAGCAGCAGUAGCAGCAGCAGCGGCAUCAGUUGCGGUGGAGCAGGAAGUGCUGGCAGUGGCCAGUCUCCAACGACACACUCGUUCUACACGGCCCUGCAGCAGCAGCAGCAGCAGCAGCCGGGAAGUGGCGGCAGUUCAGGAAGCACAGCCGAUGCUUUACCCUCAUCGAGCGGCAGUGGUGGUGCUGGUGGAUUCGAGGGAUUUCGGUUCGAUACCGAUCUGAUGCUCGGAUGUGUCGGCAGUGGUGGAAUUGCUUCAGCGAAUGCAUUGGCCACCGAAACGCUGAAGCAAAGACGACGAAACAUUAGUUUCGACUGUUCCUCGCCCACCAACGGCACGUCCUCGCCGGGCGAAGGAAGCUCCCCCUCGCUGACACUGCUCUGCUCCAACAGUGGACGGAACUACCGAAACGGUAGCAGCAGCUAUUCGCAGUCCCAGCAAAAUGCAUUAUCCCAUCAUCAACAACAGUCGUCGACCGUCAGCAGCGUACAGCAGCAACAGUACGAUCUGCUAUCGGGCAGCAAUGGUUCAGCGAGCGGCAUCAACGGACCAGCAGGUGGAGGCGCCGGAGGCAAUGGAAUUACCUCCAACAAUAACCACCUUGGCAGUGGAAUGGGUAGUUUCGAUUCGGCUAACAGUGGUACCACCAACAGCAGUGCUCUGUCACUGUUCGGAUCGGGCAAUGGUUCACUGUCCCGGUCGCACUCACCGCCGGACCAUUCGGACACCAGCAACUUGCUGACGAGCCUGGAAAGCACCAGCAUACUGGAUAUGCUAAACUAUCUUACUCUAGGUCAGAGUACGAAUUCGGUGCCGACCACCAGCGGGCUUCACAAUCAAACUUCCCAACAUCAACAAUCCAACGGUGGUCAGUUGGCGCCCUACACCUCGACACUGAACACGCUCUAUCAACAGCAGCAGCAGCAGCAGCAGCAACAUCAACAGCCGACAGCCGCUUCGGGAUCGUUUGCUGGGUCCAAUGCUGCGAGCAAUAAUGGAAACACAGUUGGUCUAUCUGGGCUAAGCCUAGGCAGUACCGGAUUUGCUACAAGCGAAUACGAUCGUCUGCAAAACCUGCAAGCGCUCAACACGCUGCGCCUGCUGCAGCAAACCCAGCAGCUGUCCCAGCUGCAGCAGCUACAGUUCAACCAGUCGCUAUUGCCAGCAGCGACUGGAAAUGGUGGCGCCAGCAUUUUCGGCAACUGUGGCGCUGGCACGGCGGCAGGCUCUAUUUCCACGUCUGGUAAUAAUGCGCUUACCGCAAGCGGCAGCAUUGGCUCGAACAUGGGCUGUACCGGGGGCAACAAUGGCAAUAAUAGUAUGCAGGGAAAAAGCUGGUCCUCAUCGCAGCAGCAUAUGGUGGUGUCGCAUCGCCAGGGCUCCUCGUCGCCGUCACUAAACGGUGGAUCUGCUGGGAACGGCAAUGGGUACAAUGACAUAAACCUCGAUCGCAUCGCCCGAUUUCACCGAUCCUCCGCCGCACAUUACGAUGCCACUUGCACUUGGAGUGGCGUGUUGCCACCUCGCUCAAGCCGGCUGGUGACGUACUCGUCGAAAAUAUUCCUCGGCGGUAUGCCGUGGGACAUUUCCGAACAAUCGUUGGUGCAAAUUUUUAAACCAUUCGGCUCAAUCAAAGUCGAAUGGCCUGGAAAGGAGCAACAGGCGACACAACCGAAAGGUUACGUGUACAUCAUCUUCGAAUCGGACAAACAGGUGAAGGCGUUGCUGCAGUCAUGCACGUACACUACCCCGAACGGUGGUAUGCACGUCCAUCAUGGUGGCGCAGGUCCAGGUAACUACGGAGGCAGCCACACUGCCAUGAACGGUGCCUCGUCGAACGGUUCGGUAGCCCGGGCUGCUGGGUCGAGCUACGACGAGGCACCACCUCACCAGCAUCAGCAGUCCCACCGGCAGCAAGUAUUGCCGAUGUCUAAUCUGAAUAAACCGCUAGCUCCUUCAGGUGCGAAGAUCAACUUCAAGAUAUCGUCGAAGCGCAUCAAGUCGAAGGACGUCGAGGUGAUCCCGUGGAACAUCGCCGACUCAAACUACGUCAAGUCGGCUUCGCAGAAGCUAGAUCCAACGAAAACGGUGUUUGUGGGGGCACUGCACGGUCAGCUGACGGCGGAAGGGUUGGCGAAGAUCAUGAACGAUCUGUUCGAUGGCGUCGUGUACGUGGGCAUCGAUACGGAUAAGUACAAGUAUCCGCUGGGUUCGGCUCGCGUCACAUUCAACAACUCACGGUCGUACAUGAAGGCCGUCUCGGCUGCUUUCAUCGAGAUUCGAACCUCCAAGUUCACCAAGAAGCUGCAGGUUGAUCCCUACCUGGAGGAUUCGCUUUGCUCGAUGUGCACCGUACAGCACGGACCAUACUUCUGCCGGGAAAUCAUGUGCUUCAGAUAUUUUUGCCGUUCCUGCUGGCAACUUCAACACAGCCGUGAGGUGUAUCUGCAGAACCAUAAACCACUGACCAGAAACUCCAAAUUCACCGCAAUCAUUGGGGUUGGCCCUCAGCAACAUCAGCAACAAUCGCACACAUCCGGUGGCAGUAACGGCAGCAACGGCAACCAUCACCUGCACCAACAGCAGUCGUCAUUCGAUCACAGCCCGUACUACAGUAAUCACCAUCACCAUCAUCACCACCAUCAUCACGGUGGCUCUGGUAGGGAUUCGCUGAGCCAGCAGUCUGGCUCUAGUUUGUCAUCACACAAUCAUCAAUAUCAUCAUCACAACAACCACCAUCAUCAGCAGCAACAGCAACAGGGUAGUCGUUUAAGCUUGCUCCAGCAGCAGCAACAUCAUCACCACAAUCACCACCGUGGCCUCGCCAAGUCUCCCUCACCGUCGAUGUGCAAUGGCGCCGAGGGCAACAACAACGGUAUUGGCUGCGGUGGCAACACCAGCAACACUAGUAGCAAUAGUUCCAGCCCGAUUGGUGUGGGAACGAGCGGCCGUAGCAUCAAUGCCAGCAGCACCAGCAGCAGCAGUUGCAGUAGCAACAGUCUCAAUGGUAGCAACAAUAACGUCAACUGCAGUGCUGGAACCGCCGGUGGCAGCACCAGCAGUGGUGAGCACGUAUCGUUGAACCUGCAACAGCUUAGCUUUGUUGCGGGUGGCGGUGGUACUGGUGGCAGCGAUGGACUUAGUGGUAGUAGCAAUGGUAACGGUGGUAGCGGUAUGCUCAUUUAAAUUGCAACGUUCUUUUCAAAUUGGUGGAGCGGAAAUGUUUCUUUCUAUUUAUAUAUCAUUUUUCCUCCAUUCCGAUAUUUGCUUUUUUUGUAAUGUCGGUUUUGUUUUCACCGUUCUUUAGGCAAAAUAAUGUUUGUAUGCCAGAGUUUUUCACGCCUAGUUUUUACUUGAACACGGCAAAUAUUGUUUUUUUUUUUGUGUUUGUUUUUCACCAUCACUAACUCGAAACCACGAGCUUAGUAUUUUAGUCGUAAUGUGUGUUGGCAAUCUAUAAUCUUAUAAAAGUCUUGCCUGAUUUGCUUUUUUUCUGGAAAGAUAGGGUUUAUUGGUCAAACAAAAAGUCAAACUCUUACUCGACCGAUGCUGUUUCAAACCUGCCAAAGAAGUAGAAAGACGUUGGAAACGAAUUUCCCCGAUUGAAAUUUACAGUUUAUCGAACGUUGUACAAAAUUCUUCGGCUUUGGCGCUGGCUGGGACCCGGCAGCACAGUCGACCAAACAUGCAAUAUCGUCUCUCGGUUGCGUAGUGGUAGCAGCUUUGUUAUUGUGGAUUUGAUGCUUUGAAAAAGACGGAGGAUCGCUUCAGAAAGUAACAUUUGCAGAAUCGUUAAUUUUACCCAAUAGUGUUUUAGUUCUUUAUUCAAACAGCUUAUUGUGACUAUUGCUGUGUUUAAGUUAGCGCACAGAACUGGGAUGUAUGUGUCGGUGUAGCAGAGUUUGUGCUUUCUAGUAUGAACUGCUUGUUGUACUUAUAAAGCUACUACGUUUGCUGCACGGAUCAUCCAAAACAUAAAAGGUGUGCAAUUUUUUGCUUGGCACACCUUUUGACGGCCAUGGCAAAGCGAUCCUCCAUACUAAUGAUUUUUCUCUUUGAUAAGCUUAUUUAUUUUUGGUCAAUUUUUUACGGCGUUCAGUGCCGACCCAAGAAAAUGCACUUCUGCACCGAGAGACGACAUGAAUGUGGAAUAUUUCUAAUAGCGAUGAACCACAAACGUGACCGAUAAUACGCCAUUUGACUUUUAUAUAGGCAAGCAUUUUUUUUUGUGUUUGAAAAUAGAGCCAUCCCUGUGUUUACCGUUGAUAAGCUUGCCAAAAGAAGCUUAAAAUAACACAGUAUUUAAAUGUUCUGGUUGGGAGGAACCUUCUUAAGCAGCCGCUACUACCGUUUAUCGUUGCGCACACUAUGUUUGACGGCUCUGUGCUGCUAACCGACAGCCGUAAUGAUUGAAAUCAACCUAACCUGCAUACAAGUUUGCUCGUUUUUAACGACGUAAGCGUGAGAAGACAUGCGCAUGUGACGUGUUGUUACUAUAAUCACUUUUUUAACGCGCACACCACACACUAUCUUGUGUCAUAUGUAUGAAUCCAUAAUCCCUGUUAGAAAAGCAAGGCGAGGCAAACUAUAUCCCCGUAUGC